CCCAUUAUUACCGGCGAUCCCGUCGUGGCCACAACGUACAUCUACUGCCAACGACGACGACGCGAUAGAACAUCGUCGGACCCGUGAAGGUUUAUCAUUUUUAAAAACACAAUUUUUUUCGUUUGGAUUCGUUGUGAUUACAGCAGUUACUAACAGCACACGCAAURAUUAUUAUUUAUCAUGUAUCCCGUGUUUGAGAGCCGCCACCACUGAGAUCGAGAAAUACCUUACCUAGUAUACCUAACUAUAUAUUUUAUCAUUUCAUUCAAAAAUAACUUGUCGACCGCCGCCAGUUUUCCCGAUCAGCAGCAUAUAUUGUAUACUGACCUGUGUACACACGCGCGUUGUUGCCGUUCACCCGASCUAUACAAUAUACAAAUCGUUACUUCGCUGUUUAUUGAUAUUGUUUUUGUAUCGUCAUCGUCGAUAUUAAUUAUAAAUUAUUCUGUUUCGUGACGUGCGAUGGUCCGGUCGCGCGAUCCACCGGCAAUCGAUUGCAGGUGACGACGACGACGACGACGGACGACUGUCUGCACACGAUACUCGAACGUCGCUCGUCCAACGAUGACGGCCGAUGACGGACGUCGGACAUGAACACUGGACCCGGUCAGGGCGCACAUGGGCCAUCGUCUCUGCCAAACUGGUGGCCCGCCGACCCUCGUCACACCACUUCAUCGACCUCGGAUGUCAUGAGUCAGCUAUGUCGUGUGUGCGGAGAACCAGCCGCCGGUUUUCAUUUCGGAGCAUUUACCUGUGAAGGAUGCAAGUCGUUUUUCGGUCGGACCUACAACAACCUGAGCUCGAUAUCGGAGUGCAAGAACAACGGCGAAUGCGUGAUCAACAAGAAGAACAGGACGUCGUGCAAGGCGUGCCGGCUGCGCAAGUGUCUGGUGGUGGGCAUGUCCAAGAGCGGAUCUCGGUACGGCCGACGGUCCAACUGGUUCAAGAUCCAUUGUCUGCUUCAGGAACAGCAGCAGCAACACCACCACCAGCAUCACCACCACCACAACAACAACAGCAACAACAACAACCAGCGCCAUCAGCAACAGCAACAGCUCCCGCACCACCAUCAGCAGCAGCAACAACUCCCGCAUCAGCAACAACCACACCGGCCGUCCGCGGGCCUGCAUUUCCAGCAACAGUCGGCAACGGGCUGCAGAGUGUCGUUGGACCAGAGCCGGACGCCAACGCUUUGGGCGGACGUCAAACACCACCUGCGCCUGGACGCGGACAACAACAAUUCUGUGGCMGGUGACCUGAACAAAGACGGCCGGCUGUCCGUGUCUGCUGCCGCUGCCGCAGCGGCCGUCGUGCAGGCUGUCCGACCGGAGCUGAUGCGGUGGCACUCUCCGUUCUUCUCGGCGUUCCCGUUCCCGCCUCCCGCGCCGUUCUUCCUGCAGGCCCUGCAGCAGCAGCAAAACCAGCAAUUGCAGCAGUCACCGCAGCYGUUGACACCGCCGCCGCAACCACGCGAUCACCGGUCACCGCGAAGUCCGUCAUACCGGUCGUCGACCGCUGACGACGACAGCGGUGCGGGUGACCGCGACGAAGACGACGACGACGACGGGCCGCCGUCUUCCAAACGCGUCGCCGUCCACCGUGACCAGCCGCCGGUCCAGGAGUCGCCGAUGGACCUGUCGGUGACCGCGGCCGCGUCCACGCCGUCCCGGCCAACCUCGCUCGGUUCUCCGUCACUCCUCCCGUACGUCGGUGGACGAUCGCCCGGCCACAGUUCGGAAGACCGGUCGCGUCGCAGACGCCGGCGGCCGUGCAGACGGAGACGGCAUCUGCGGGUAGACUUUUCCGCCGCUGACCGGACGUCUGGUUCGGACGACGACGAUGACGACGACGACGACGACGACAGCGCGGCCGGAAGCGACUCGGUGGCAUUAUCCGACUCGAUAGGAUCGGCCGAUGGCAGCCGGCCGGAGAAAAAUGCGCCUCUGGACUUGACCUGCAAUCGGCCGUAGACGAAAUUUUAUCUAUAUUAUUAUUAUUAUCAUUAUUAUAUAACGCGAUAAGUUUCUAGGUGUUUUUUCCGUUCUGUUUUCUUUCUCUCUCUCUUUCUCACUCACUCACUCAACAUCUCUUUAUUUCUUAAGAUGAUGCGACGCUCACUCUGUAUUAUACGAUAACGUAAAAAUUUUCGUCUGCAAAAACCGUGCCGCGGGUAUGUUAAAAUAUAAUCAUUAUCAUUAUAUACUAUUAUUAUCAUAAUUAUUAUUUAUAUAUAUUGUAUAGAAUAUUAUUUAGUGUUAUACUAUACAGCGUGAUCAAUUCACUGUUCAAUUGUAUAUAAACAAAUUGUAAUAAACAACGCGUGUGUAAU